AUGGCUCUGGUUAAGAUCUUGGAAGGAUCGACUUAUUCCCAAGCUUCAAAGGCAGCCGAAAGUUCGCCCAGGUCAAUUCGAGCCGAUUUUCUUCGAUGGCAAAGUGGAGAUUCCAGAGCUUUGCUAGCUCAGGCUAUGGCCCAAAAACUCAAGAGACCUUACGAUGACAUGGUUUGGGAUCCUCAAUCGUUGGCGGAGUUGAUAGCAAGGAGGAUGACUCCUCCAGGCGACAAAAGAACUGCGGAGUAUCAGGAAGCGUUCAAAAGGUCCUUCUUGGUCCAUCAGACCUAUCUAGAAAACGUCAUGAAGCAGCAGAAAAUUGUGAAUUCGCUCAAGCCUCUCCAGGACGAAUGGACAAACAUUCAGACCUCUAUCACUCUACAUACAUUAGACAAUCUACGACCUCUCAACACAAUCGAACACCAAGCUAUGCAAGAGAUUAUCGAUGUCCUUGACAACUUUGAUCAUGAUGAGUUUCGCGCCAAGUUCACGCAAGAAUUUCAAGGAAUCAUGGGUCGCAUCGAAUCUAAGGCAAGGUUUAGAGGCGACGAAGAGCCUCCACCCCCGCCACCCCCGUUCGAAACUAGAAAGCAACGGGCUGAACGAAUCAAGAACGAAAUAGCAGAAAGGAAUAAACUCCACCCAAAAUGGGAACUGACUCACACAGACUUGAGGAGAUAUUUUCCCAACAUGGCGCAUACUCAGAGAACAGAUCGUUAUUAUAAACUUCUUGCAAAAGCACGCGCCAUCCAAAUGACGAGAGAUCCUUCGGAAGCAAUCCAUAUACCCCUUGGUGGUUUUUCGAGUGUAGAAGAAGUUAUCCGAACCUUGCCUAAGGAACUCGACUUGGUUGAAGAAAUUUACCGCUUCAUAGUCGUCACGGGUUUAGAAAACAUCCUGAAAGCCAUUCGGCCUCAAGUAACCAAUUUUGUUAAGACUCUGGUUGAAGACCGAUUGGCUGAUAUCUUCCCAACCCUGAAAGACAUUGAAAGUGUCUUUGAAUCGACUCUCAGAAGUACAGAAGAAGAGGAUCUUGUAUGGCGUGAAAGCCUGUUUACUCGCUUUUCUCCUGUCGAAAUGACUCCCGAAGCAGUAUACGAAAAGCUACUGCAAGUCCCGAACUCUCCAGCCCAAAUCCGCUACGUACUCAAUAACCCGUCUGGGCCCGCUACUUUCCUCUCGAAGGAAGACUUGGAUGCGCUCAAGGAAGCAGCAUCUACUCGUCGAACUUUCAAGGCUAAGUUGGCUGCAAUUGAGGAACGGAUUCCAGACGCGUUAGAAAACAAGCAGAAAACCUGGCACAAGAACUUGGUCAACCAUCCGUAUUUCAAAGAAUUCAAACAGGCGAAAUUGAGUCGGAUGCGCGCCGCGAUGGAAAACCUCAAGAAAGAAAGCUUCGGAAAGAGCUCGGUGAAUCUUCCGUUCAUAGAGGAAUUAUAUGAGAAAGGAGUGAUUGAUGCUUCGACCAGAGCGAAGUUAGAUGAGGCUGCGAAAGUAUCGAAAGAAGAACUGAAGAAAGCCUUAGGACCUGAAGCCGAAUUCAAGAAACUGUUGUUGGACAAGCAUGCCAAGGACCUAGUCCAACACUUCAUAGCCCCGGAAUCGCAGCAGAUGGAAGUGGUGUACAAAGCCACCGAAUCAUUGACCCACUUCUUUCUUUCUGAACUCGACCAAAAAGCCAAGUCCUUCUACCUCACUCGAGAUGCCUUCCUCAAACCCAAUUCAUUCAGGGAAACAGAAGCCUGGAACGUCUACGAACAGGAUCCCAUCAGACAACUCAUCCAGAGUCCUUCGGGCUCUAAACAGAUCAUCAAAGCCUUCGCCGAGGCUAACUUGGCUAGUCCAACUAGACAGCUUCCGAAGUCAGAAAUGGAACAACUCUUGAACGAAAUCCGAGUGCCCCAAGUGUCGAAGGAGAAUGUACUAUCGAGCGAGUUCCCGAACUUUGACGAAAGACUGUAUGGGCUAUUUCAUCGGCCACUAGAGCGAGCAGACUCGCGAUUAAAGGGGACCUCAUUCGAGACUCUGAGCCCGGAGACCCGAGACAAGCUGAACGAGGUCGUCGAGGAAUUCUACGUCCGGCGCGAAACCUUGGAGGCCAAAGCGCUCAAGAUCAAGAUCCUUGGAGCACGGAUCGAGCAGACUGAGAAGACCCAGUUGGCGCCCGAAAUCCCGUAUCUCUCUAGAAUCCUUCGUUCUAUACUCUGGCCGGGAAUCGAGCUCUAGUAGUGCAUUCAUUCUUUCACUCUACCUCUCCUUUUCUGUUAUAGACUGUGAGUUGACGGACUCCAAAGACAAAAGGAGACGCUUCC